CAAACGGUUGUGGUGGACUGAUAAGUCGGCAUCACUUCGAAGUCGUUCGCCGUCCUGAGUGGGUGCGGGUCCGGUGUAAUUCCAACCGCUUAUCGUAAGCGGUGAGCAGAGAGAAAUUCAUCAAGGCCAUUUCCAUCCUUCCGCCACCAUGUCUGACGACAACAAGAAGCGCCUGUCGUAUUGGUACUUCGGAGGGCUGGCAAGUGCUGGUGCGGCCUGCUGCACUCACCCGCUGGACCUGCUGAAGGUCACACUGCAAACGCAGCAGGAAGGCAAAAUCUCUCUACUGCAGCUGACGGGUAAGGUGGUGCGUACGCAGGGUGUGCUGGCGCUGUACAACGGCCUGUCCGCGUCUUUGUUGCGCCAGCUUACCUACUCGACGACCCGAUUCGGCAUCUACGAGGUUGGCAAACAGGCGAUGGGCAACGACUCCGGCUUCGUCGGCAAAGCGCUACUGGCCGGGGCAGCUGGUGCUGCCGGUGGUUUCGUCGGAACACCGGCCGACAUGGUGAACGUGAGGAUGCAGAAUGACAUCAAGCUGCCGCCAGAGCAACGUCGAAACUACAAAAACGCCGUUGACGGCUUGUUCCGAGUGUACCGCGAGGAAGGUUUCGCUAGAUUGUUCUCUGGCGCGUCGACAGCCACCUCGCGUGCCGUGUUCAUGACCAUCGGUCAGCUUUCGUUCUACGAUCUGGUUAAGGAUCUGCUGUUGCAGUCCGGCCACUUUAGCGACAACCUCACGACCCAUUUCCUUUCAUCACUGACGGCGGGUGCGAUCGCCACUACGCUCACGCAGCCGCUGGACGUGCUGAAAACGCGAGCCAUGAACGCAAAACCGGGCGAGUUCAGUGGCAUCUGGGAUAUCGUGCGGUUCACCGCCCGACUCGGACCGCUCGGAUUCUUCAAGGGUUACGUGCCGGCAUUCGUGCGCCUUGGCCCGCACACCAUCCUGACGUUCGUUUUCCUCGAGCAACUGCGUAUGAACUUUGGCUACCUGAAGCCGGAGUCGAAAUCUGCCAACUAGGAGCGUGACAGAGCGCGCAUCUUCCGAUACAGUUACUAACGAUUACCGUUUACGGGUUACCGCGAGCUUUUAGAGCAAUUUUGACACAUUCCACUAACGAACAAGAGCUACGAGUCACACUCAUCACAGUAGGGAAGUGAAACCGCACAGAUCGAAUACGUUACCGUGAAACGGGCGGUAUCGAACUUGUUAGGGUUUUAAUUUUCUUUUAUCUUUUUUUUGCAAAACGUGUAGGAUAACGUGUAGGAUGAAGCUCGUGGAGCCAUCUGCGACGGCAGGAUUAAAUGCUUUGCAAUAAAUAUUUAUCAAUGUUA